AUGGGUAAGAAGUUCUGCUAUUCUGAGCUGAAGAUGGAAAAUAGAAAGAGUGGCCGUCAGGGAAGUCGAAAUGGCCAAUUGGAGAGAAAUCACAAAGAUGCCGAUGAAGAGGAAAAGCCACCACAGAUGAAGGGAGUGUUGGAUAACCUGGCCAAUGGCUACUUGAAGUUGGUCCACCAAAUGCAGGCUCAUCUCCGCCCUCCGCCGCCACCGCCUCCUUUAAUCCCGUUUGAGGAGAAGAAACGCGAGUUGGGUGGAGAGAUUCCCAAAGGCCCGAUGAUCGAGGAGGAGCUGUCGCAAUCCUCUGAGGAUGGCACUCAGCCGGGAAUUGGCUUUGUGGACCUCUUUCGGCGCAGUCUUCAUUUCGAGUGCCUGGGAAUUCCCCUAACUCCCUUGGAACUCUACUCCAUGGAACGUCAGCGAAGCGAAACGAAAGAACCUGAAAUGAGUGGUAGGAUACUGGGUGGUUUUCGAACUGGCACUGAAAAGGAGCCAGAUAAGGAAUGGGAUCCUAGAGGAAGUGAUACGGGGAACCCCCUGGAAAAUACCUUUCAAUUAACUGUGUUUUCGGAAAAGCAGGAAAGUCCCCAUGAAAGUGGCACAGAAGAAGAACCUAGUGUUCAAAAGCUUUCCUCUAUAGAGCUAGCCCAUUAUUCGCCCAAGUUUCAGAGUCGAUUUCUUGAAGAUUUUCCAAGAAAAAUAAGUUCUUCCCGCCAUCUAUCUCGUCAGCCUGUUUCGUACUUCAAAUCUGCCCUCAGCUCAUUUCGGUUGCCUCAGAAAAAUUCCAAGCAAAAUUCCAUAGUUCAUAUACCAUCCCAAGAAUCCGUUCAACUUUCAGAGCAACCUCAAAUUAGUUAUCCUAGUGCCAAAUUUCCCGUACAAAGUUCAAGUAAAAUUCUGACAAAAACCAAGAAAGUUCCGAAGAAACGUGAGUCAAGAAGUGCAUUUCAAGGUGGCAAAAAGCGAUUAGCAAGCCCAGAAAAUACUGGAAAUACUUCGGGCUCAUCUAAAAAGAAAAUCAACGUUUCUAAGAUGUGUUUAAACUCCCGAUGGCUGCCUUGUAGCCCAGAAAGAAAACAUCAUCGUGAUAGAGGGAAUCCCUUAAAGGCUUCUCCAAUUCACCGAACCUCGAACUUCAAGGAGACGAAAUUGGAGACCCUUUUACCGCCCAGAUGUCUUAAAGAUUGCCACAGUGGCAGUGAAACUCAACUGAAAGGUUUUAGGAAUACAAAAAGCCCUUCGUUGGAGGUUUUCGAUAAGCGCCUGAAGGCUCUGCUCAAAAGUGAGCCCAAGAAAUCGUGUCUAAAGAAGUCUGAUAUCGAUAAUCCCGAUGACUCCGAUAACCAGCCGCCGAUUGAACUGCAUUCCAACGAUACCUUUACGGAAGUCUGGCGAAAAUCCGAGUUGGGUCGGGAGCAUCAGGGAAAGAAAGCAAAACCAGGCCAAGGUGGACUCUAUAGUCGGGCCGAUAAGCUGAGGUUUCAGCCGUUGGAUCGACUGGAUGCCGGUUGUGCAGGGUUGCCACUCUUCAAAAACUCCGAUGAAACUCUGGAGCGAACGCAGUACUUCGUGACCGAGUUCGAUAAGCUGAGUCGAGCGGAGAAGAUGGAGGAUAUUAAAUUGCGAAUGGGCCAGUUGCGUUGGCUGCAAUCCACCUCGGAUCGGAAAUAUCGCGAGCACUUCAGAGAUCGGAAAAUCAACUUCAAGCCCGUACUCACAAACUCCAUGAAGUAUGUGUGCCCCGCGGAUGAGGGUCAAUGUUCCGGCGUAACGAAUGCCACCUUGUUGGGACACUUUUUGACCCAACACCUCGAUGAAUCGGGCAUUGAGCUGCGCGAGAUAUUCGAGGAUCAGCGGGUGCUGAUGAUCUUCAGUCCCAAGGACUUUGAGCUGGGCCAGAAUACCUGCGUAUCGGUGAUUGUGUACGGUGGCCAAAGGGGCAGGCCCAGCACCCUGCCCGCGGAGCGAUUUAUGCCGGCGAAGAAUGCGGAAUUACCGGAGGCCUAUCGCCAUUUCGAUGGCCAUCUGCCCCUGUUCGUGAUGAUCUGCCGCAAUCGACUGAGUCGAAUUGAGGGCGUGGAGGGCAGGAGGGUGCGAUUCGAGGACGAGGAUGCCCUCGCCCUGUGGAUGGUCAGCAUGGAUCUGCCGCGGCCCGUUCAUGUGGUCAUGACGGUGAUCAACCGGCGACUCGAUAUCACCAGGAGUUCGAUCAUGAAGGUCCGUGGAAUCCACAAGUCGCACAAUUGCCUCGACUUCAUGCAGCACAGCCAGCAGUAUAUGCGACUCAGCGAUCGCGAUCUGCGGGUCCUGACCAACGAGCACACGGAACCCAUCUACAUGGAGAUCGCCGUGAAGGAGUAUGCCGGCAUAUUCCCCUGCCACCGAUAGUAACCUAUAGUUGACCAUAGUAGAAGACC